AUACUUCAAAAAUAUAAUACACAAAUACAACUUCUAUAUGUACAUAAUUCUUUUAUUUAUCUAAAAUACAUAUUGCUAUAAUUUUUUAAUGAAAUAUAAAUACUAUCAUGCCUUUUACAGAAUCACGCACUUUAACUAUCAAAUAUAGAUUUUAUUAAUAAUAUAAAUUAUUUGAAUAGAAAGAAAUAUAUAAAAUAAGAUAUACGAUUAAUAAUUUUUAACGAGCUCCACGCAAUUUAGAUCGUAUACAAUAAUUAAAUAAUAAAGGAACUUUAUAUCUCGAUAUUGACUUUCUGCCUGAAUAGUAUUUUCCAACGUCGACAAUAGAUGACGUCUAGUUAUUCUCUUAUUGGUCAUUAUGUUGCUUGUUAUCUUAACGCCAUCUAAGGAACAUAGAAUAAAUUUUGAAGGUCAUCUACAUGUGUAUAUUAUUCCUCGUACAUCAUUCCUUUCCUUGAAAGCGCGGGUUUUAUUAAGUUUGACUUAUUAGAAAAGUUAGAAAUAUUUGAACUUUCUCUUUAAUAUUUAAAUAUAAAUGUUGAUCUCAAAUUAUAAUCUAUAAAGCUGAUAAACAUAUAACGUAAGGAUUGUAUUAAGUUUAAUUUAAAGGUUAUAAAGAAGUAUAAAAAGUGAUGGAUUUAGACAGUUAUACAUUAUCUUGUACUGUGAUAGUGGAAUGGCUUGAUAGAUAUGGAUCUAUUGUUAGAAAAAUAAAUCAUAGAUCUGCGUCUUUGCGUUUGAUUCGAGACAAUUUACGAGAAAUGAUUAUAGAAAUACGUGCAGAUAAAGCAAAUGUAACAACGAAGUUAACAUUAAAAAACAUUUCUGUAUUCAAUAAAUUUAUGAAUGAGGGUAAAGCAUCUAUCAAAUUUCAAGAAGAAAACUGUACCCUUUUCUUAUCUAAUGCUCCCUCUGCUUCGUUGAUAAAUUUCUUGAAAACAAUAUUUAUUAAAAUGACGGGACAAGUCAAGAAAUCGUCAGAUAAAUCGUUGAAAGAAAAAUUGUUAUCGAAUAUACCAUUAAGUGGUAUUCAAGAAAUUAGUCCAGCAACGAGUACAGAAAUUAAUAAAGCAAAGGAAAAAGCUGUUGCUAUAUCCCGUGCAACAGUUACUACUCCAUCACCUAGUGCUAUAAAGAAACGAAAACGUUCCAGUGAUCAUACCUCUAAAUUACCUAUAGCCAAGAAAUUAUAUGAGAAUCCAACUAUAGGAGAUAUGACAGAAGAACAAAAUAAAAUUUUAAGUGCUGUACUUAAUGGAAAAAAUGUAUUCUUUACUGGUAGUGCAGGCACUGGCAAAUCAUUUUUAUUAAAGAAAAUAAUAGCAGCAUUACCACCGGAUGUAACUAUAGCUACAGCCAGCACAGGUGUUGCUGCUUGUCAUAUUGGAGGAGUUACUUUGCAUCAAUUUGCAGGAAUUGGAAUUGGAAGUGGAACUUUAGAAAGAUCUUUACAACUAGCCUCCCGUUCUUCUUCAGCUGCAGUAUGGAGAAAAACAAAACACUUAAUCAUCGAUGAAAUUUCUAUGGUAGAUGCAGAAUUUUUUGAUAAAUUAGAAGCAGUUGCAAGGUACAUACGUAAGACUGAAAGACCUUUUGGUGGUAUACAACUGAUUCUAUGUGGAGAUUUUUUCCAAUUACCACCUGUAUCCAAAAGAGAUGAAAAAGUAAAAUUCUGCUUUCAAAGUGAGGCAUGGGAAAAAUGUGUUCAUUUUAAUUUUGAAUUAAAAAUAGUACAUAGACAAAAAGAUCCAGAGUUUAUAGAGAUUUUAAAUAAUAUUAGAAUAGGAAGAGUUACAGAAACUAUUUCUAAUACUCUUAAGGCUACGGCAAAACAAAAUAUUGAAAGUAAUGGAAUUCUGGCAACUAGAUUAUGUUCUCAUAUAAAUGAGGCUGAUGAAAUCAAUAACUUUCAAUUGAAUGAAUUAAAAGGAGAAAGUAAAAUUUAUAUAGCACAAGACUCUGAUCAAAUGAUGAGCAGAACAUUAGAUCAACAAUUGCCUGUAUCUGGCAAAUUAAUUUUAAAAGUUGGUGCUCAAGUUAUGUUAUUGAAAAAUAUUAACAUUUCAAAUGGUUUAGUGAAUGGAGCUAGAGGAAUAGUUAUUAAGUUUGUAGAUGAUUUACCAGUAAUUCAACUUAGAUCAGGGAAUAUUUAUCAAACCAAAAUGGAAAAAUGGUCUAUAAGAACUGUAUCAGGUGCUACUGUACAUAGAAAACAAAUUCCAUUAAAAUUGGCAUGGGCUUUUUCGAUACAUAAAAGUCAAGGUUUAACUUUGGAUUGUGUAGAAAUGUGUCUCUCUAGAGUUUUUGAUGCUGGUCAAUCUUAUGUUGCGCUCUCAAGAGCACAAAGUUUGCAGUCAUUACGCAUUUUAGAUUUCAAUAGUCAACAAGUAUGGGCUAAUACUACUGUACUUGAAUUUUAUAAGAAAUUUAGAAGAAAUUUAUAUGAAAUGGAAGCGAUUCCUAUAGGGAAAAAAGCUAAAAUUAGUAAGUAA